AAGAAGCAGAAGAAGAAGAAGAACAUGUUGUAUCAAUCAAGAUCAAAUUCAUUACAUUCAAUUGUAGAAAUGAUUCUUUCAUUAUUAUUACUAAUGAUCUAUGGAAUUAUUAUCAUUUAUAGUAAACCAUUAGAUAUUGAAUCAGAUACACCAUUAACUAUAAGUUUUAAUCCAUCGUCUAAUCAAGUACAAUUAAAUCAACCAUUAAUAAUACGUUGUGAAGUUCAUUCAUUCAAUAAUAAACAAUUAGAAGUCAAUAACAAUAAUAAUAAUAACAUACUUAAUGGUUAUAGUAUGUUCUUUCAAUGUCCUAUAGCCCUAUGGGGUAAAUUUUGUUUUCAUAAUUGUCAAUCAGCAUGUGUUGGUGAAAUACCUAAUCAAUGUCCAUAUGAUAAUGAAUUAAGUCUUAUUAAAUGUCGUACUGCUAUGACUGAACAAGGUUAUUUAUUUUAUGAAUAUACAAUACCAAAUCUAACUGAAACAUGGUUAGGAUUAAACCAUAAUAAUAAUAAUAAUAAUAACACUUCAAUGGAUAAGGAUAAUCAUCGUAAUAAAAUAGAAGGUUUCUCAUGUAAAACAGCUGGAUUAGAAACACCAAAAAUUCCUUUAACUAUAGUUAAACCCAAUGAUAUUCAAUCGAAUAUAAUGGAUCUAUCAAAGACUAAAACAUCAUCAUCAUCAUCUAAUUCUCAUUCAAUGAUAUCUCAUUUGAAUAAAACUAUAUCUAAUGAAUAUAAUACACAGAAAGAUGAAUCUAAUCCAUUGAAUAAUGGAAUGAAUCAAUCGAUUAAACGAAUCAAUUCUGAACUUAAAGGGAUUUCUGGUUAGGUUAGUUUGUAUAAAAGCAAGCUCACAGAAAACAGUUUGAAAUUGAUGAAUUGAAAUUGUUACACCUGGAAAUGACACCGGCAUAACUUUACACAAAGAAGGAGAGGAAUACUGUCGGUAGGUACAAGCGGACAAUCAUGUUUCACUUCUGCACUUCAUUUGAGAACACAAUGUGUUUGGCAACUAGAAAAUCUGGUUGAACUGAUUUGGAAGAUAGUACUGAACCAUAGGAACGUAUUAUUUUCGAUAAACCUUCUUUGUUUGGCCUAAACAUGCACAUGAUUCUUACGCGCUCCUAAACCUGUUUGGAUCGUUCAGACUGUAACUUGACGAUUCAGUCAGCAUGAUGUGGUUGAAUAUUACAUAUAAUCAUCAUGUCCACCUGAAUUCUACUAGUCUAAUAUACGAUUUCGCAUAAGAAAUAUUUUUUGAAAGAUAGUCACAAUAGUGUAGAUUAUAUGUGAGUGUUUUUGCAAAUAUCUGUCUGUCAAGCUCAGUUAUUUGAAACCUUCUAUCACAUAUUAGGUUGAUGAAAAUGUUUUUAUGGAAUCCACAUUGAUGAUUUGAAAAACAAAGUCCCUCUUCCUUCGUCUUUCCAUCGAAUCAAACAAAUUGAAAAUCAGUUUUCGGCCUGAGAACAGCUGACCUCCAUGCACUGAUUUCGAAAUAGUCAGUGUCAGUGAGCUCACGAAUUGAUUGUGCACUUUACACAUGCGGAAACGGUGUACAAGAUAUAGAUGGAUGAUAAAACUGAUAUCACUUACACGUUUUGUUAUUCACGUAUCUUUUGUUUGAUAACUUCAAAUGCUGUCUCUCUAAGUUAUUUCACAGUAAGAUGUUCAAAACACGAUUCCAUUGAAAAAUGCCGAAAUGCGACAACAUCAAGUGUGAAAUGUAUCUGGU